AUGGUCCAGCGGCCUUUAAAAAAUGUCAAACUUCACAAGAAGCCUACAAAGUACAAGAGAGUACUUAAAAAAAUAACAAGUGAGAGUGAUAUAAUAACAAGAGAAAUCAACAAAGGAAUAGUAGAAAAAUAUAUGUCUUUGUAUAAAAAGAAAGGAAAGAAAAAUUCCGAUGUUAGAUAA